UGGGGUUUUUUUACAGUAAGACUAUUUAAAUAAAGAGUAAAACAAAUUACCACCAGUUAGGAUUUGUUGUCAUUUUACAUUAUAUUGGUCAUUUCCGUAUCAUAUACUCUUAAAUACAAGCAAAAACGUGUAGGUUAUAGCUGAUUUGGAGUCCUUGCAUUACGACUGUGACCAGCAGAUGCCUUCAAAACCGAUCCCGCCGUCUCAUUUUUGUCUCAUCAUAUUUCCCCCACUAUCCUGCCUCGCGUUCUAUUCUGAGACCGAAUAUUACAGAGCGCUCGUACUGUCCCGUAUGUAAAGCUCCCGUUGACCACGCCCACAGACGUUCCAGCAGAUUCCGGCCGAGCGCAGCUGCUUUUCUUAAAGGGGUGGCCGCCAAAUUAAAGGAAGUUUGUAGACUUUAAUUGCGCUCUGUACGGUUUAAUUACCGUGCAAUCUCCCUGUCGUUUACGAGAUGAUUGAGAGCGGUUUAUUUUUCUGACUUUUUUUCAUCCUACCGCAACCUUUCUCUUUUUAGUAAGCAGCCCUACCCUUUAAAUCUCCUCCCGGGACCACCUAGAGCUCCCCGCAUUUCCGUCGGUUGGCAAUAAAUCGCUGAUGGUCACUGCUCGCGUGAGUCUCGCGUCUCGCCGCUCCGCUUCCCUUCUUCCGCUUCUGCUUCUUUCGCCCCGCCGGAGGUUUCUCGUUUCUCCAGCCAUGCGUCUGCUGAGCCUCUUCGUGCUGCUGCUCUGGACCGGACCGGCCCGCGGUUACUUCCCGGAGGAGCGCUGGAGCCCGGAGUCCGCGCUGCUCGCGCCGCGGGUGCUGCUCGCGCUGGUCUGCCGCAACUCGGCGCACUCUCUCCCGCACGUCCUCGGAGCCAUCGACCGCCUCGACUACCCCAAGGACCGCGUGGCUGUAUGGGUGUGUGUGGAUCAUAAUUCAGACAACACCACCGCGUGUGUGUGUGCGAGAGGUGUGCGUGUGUGUGAACUCUACCAUUACGUGGAGUGGAGACCUGUGAGGAGUGUGUGUGAGACUGUCGCCUACGAGGACGAGAGCGGCCCGAAGCACUGGACGAACCUGCGCUACGAGCACGUGAUGAAGCUGCGGCAGGCGGCCCUCGACACGGCGCGCGAGAUGUGGGCCGACUACUUCCUGAUGGUGGACUGUGAUAACCUGCUGACCAACCGGGAUGUUUUGUGGAAGCUGAUGCGGGAGAAUAAGACGAUCGUGGCUCCGAUGCUGGAGUCCAGAGCGGCCUACUCCAACUUCUGGUGCGGCAUGACCUCUCAGGGUUAUUACAAGCGUACUCCGGCCUACAUGCCGAUGCGCAGGCAGGAGCGCCGGGGCUGCUUCGCCGUACCCAUGGUGCACUCCACCCUGCUGCUGGACCUGAGGAAGGAGGCGUCCCGAGAGCUGGCCUUCUUCCCGCCUCAUCCCGACUACAGCUGGGCCUUCGACGACAUCAUCAUCUUCGCCUUCUCGGCGCGCAUGGCCGACGUUCAGAUGUACAUCUGCAACAGAGAGACGUACGGCUACUUCCCCGUGCCCCUGCGCUCCCACAACACCCUGCAGGACGAGGCCGACAGCUUCCUGCACUCGCUGCUGGAGGUCUCGGUGCGCAAUCCUCCUUUAGAGCCGUCCGUGCAUCUCUCUCUUCCUCCGAAACACCCGGAUAAAAUCGGCUUCGAUGAGGUGUUUAUGAUAAACCUGCUGAGGCGUUCGGAUCGCAGAGAGCGCAUGCUGAGGACUCUGUACGAACAAGAGAUCGCCUGCAAGAUCAUCGCAGCCGUAGAUGGCAAGGCGCUGAACGUCAGUCAGAUCGAUGCGCGUGGGGAUCCAGAUGAUGCCGCGGAUACAGCGCUGGGGAUCCAGAUGAUGCCCGGGUACAGCGACGAUCACUAAGGCCGCUCACUAAAGCUGGGCUGCUUUCUGUCGCACUUCAACAUCUGGACAGAGAUCGUGGAUCGGGGGCUCCAGGCGUCUCUGGUGAUCGAGGACGACCUGCGCUUCGAGGUGUUCUUCAAGCGGCGUCUGCAGAACCUGAUGCAGGAGAUCGAGUCUCAGCGGCUGGACUGGGACCUGAUAUACAUCGGCCGCAAGCGGAUGCAGGUGGACCGGCCGGAGAAAGCGGUGCCCAGGAUACACAACCUGGUGGAGGCCGACUACUCGUACUGGACACUGGGAUACGCCAUCUCCCUGCAGGGCGCCCGGAAGCUGCUGCGGGCCGAACCGCUCAGGAACAUGCUGCCGGUGGACGAGUUUCUGCCCGUCAUGUACAACAAACACCCCAUCGAGGACUACAUGUCUCACUUCAAGCGGCGGGAUCUGAGGGCGUUCUCGGCCGAGCCGCUGCUGGUUUACCCCACGCACUACACGGGCGACGCGGGCUACAUCAGCGACACCGAGACCUCCACCGUCUGGGACAACGAGACGGUCCUCACCGACUGGGACCGAGCGCGAUCGCGCAAGAGCCGGGAACAAGAGGAGCUGAGCAGCGAGGCGCAGAACUCAGACGUGCUUCAGUCUCCUCUGGACAGCGCCGCCCGAGACGAGCUCUGAGACGCUUCUGGACACUCUCUAGAGAGAGAGAGACGCUGGACUGGGUGCAGGAACCCCGAGCGCAAGCAACCAACGAAUCAGCGUUAAAGGCUCAUUCUCCAACCCUGAGUUAAUAAGCUGAGUUUUACUGGUUUUGAAUCUAUUCAACAGAUCUCUGGGUCUGCUGAUAGCACUUGUAGCAUAGCUUAGCAUAGAUCAUUGAAUCAGAUUAGACCAGUAGCAUCGCGUUCAAAAACCACCAAAGAGUUUUGAUAUUUGUACUAUUUUAAAAAAAUGACUCUUCUAUAGUUACAACGUGUACUAAGAUCGGCGGAAGGAAAAAUAGAAAAACUCUUUGGUGGUUUUUGAACGCGAUGCUACUGGUCUAAUUAGAUCUAAUGAUC